AUGCCAGCACCGCCAACAAACAUGUCAAACGCGUUACCACACGAACAACAAGGUUCCCACCACCAGAAUACACAUAGUCAUAGUUUGCCCGAUUGCAUCUCUCAAGGAGGCACAAUCGCCGAAUGGCAACACAACACUUACAAUCAAAAUACUCACGUCCGAGUUCAUAUGCCCGAUGGAUCCGAUAAAUUCUUUCCAAAUGUGAAGCAAGAUCAUUUGCAAUUAUAUCUGAAUACGAAACCUGCUUCUCUCGACCCUCACGAAUCUUAUUAUGAUUCUUCUGCGACAAUAUCACGUGAUGUCUCUCCCUCGGCUGACGAAGAGGACGACAGUGACGAUGAAAUGCAAGACACGAGUAGUGAUCAUCCAAGUAACCAACCACUUUUUUUGAACUUUACUUCGGAUCUUGCACCGCAACAUAUGUCAAAGAAAAAGUCGAAGGAGAAAAAACAAUUACAAUAUCGUGUGAAUGGUGUCAAUAUUCUGAAUAGAAAUAGUCUAGAUAUGCAGACUGCCAUGGAACGUUUAAAGAGGCGGCGCGAGAAUCAUAAUAAUGUGGAACGGAAAAGACGAAACAAUAUCAACAAUACGAUUUAUGAAAUUUCACUUCUUAUGCCAACUGCUUAUCGCUCUGGAUCUAAACCCAACAAGGGUAGCAUCCUAAGGCGUGCCGUAGAAUAUAUCAAGGAUCUGCAGAAGGAGAACGAGUCUAUUCGUGCUGAGCUAACCAAAUUCAAAAGUGGUAAUAAUCCGCAAUCAGAAACUAAUGACGUAACAGCCACUUCAACCUCCACGACCAAUGGUUUUUCACCUAUAAAGUCGAAUACGUCAUCACAUGCAGAGCACAUGACAAAUCAAGUAAAAACCGGCAGUCAAAUUCCGAUCGAACCGGCAAGUCCUCUGAUACUGCCACCACCAUCAACGGUACUUCGAAGCCUAGAUCCAACCACAAGACUUAAAGUAGAGCCGGUUGCUGGUAUGCAACAAACAUCAAAUCCAAAUUCACCGACGAUUCUACCUGGAAGAAGAAAUUCACAGGAUAAUAUUGUGUUACCACCAAUUUCAUCGGAAUUGGCAAAAGAGUUUGCAUUGCCACCACCUCGAACAUCCAGUCCUCUGCAUCCUAGUGCAACGUCAAAUUACCGAGGGCAUGUUUCAAAUGUAACACCACCAUUAUUACCAUUUAAUUUUGCAUCGUCGA